AGUAUGGGUUUGGCAUCAUGUAAAUAUAAUGCAAAACGGUGGAACUGAAGAGAAUAGCCCUCCAAACAUUAUCCAUUUCUAUCUCCACUCUUUUGCACACUCAUUUCUCUCUUCCUUCUACCUUCCAACCAGCUUACCCAAAUUCUGUUACAGUUUGCAACAAUGGUGUCUUGCUCAGCUCUUAAUUUGCAGUCCCAAAUGGGUAGCUUCUGCAAUACUCGUUUUCAUGUUCAAAGAUUGCCUAUGAUGACUAGCAUGACCACUGUGCCACAAUUUCAACGUCUGUCUGCUUCUGCAAGGUACUCAGAAUGCAGGUUGUCAUCGACAAAUCUUUCUGCAUCAGCCUUUGGCUGUAAAAUAUCGAAGACAUCUUCAAUCCCACAUCGUAGUAUUCGAUGUAUGAGCACCGAAACUGAUGUUCAAGACGUGCAAGCAGAAGUGACCAGUAAAGUCUUCUUUGAUGUAGACAUUGGUGGGGAGCAAGUGGGAAGAAUUGUUAUGGGCUUAUUUGGAGGUGUGGUUCCUAAAACUGCUGAGAACUUCCGUGUCCUAUGCACAGGUGACAAAGGCUAUGGUUACAAGGGGUGCCACUUUCACCGCAUAAUUAAAGAUUUCAUGAUUCAAGGAGGGGACUUCACCACAGGAGAUGGAACUGGAGGAGUAAGCAUCUAUGGUAACAAAUUUGAGGAUGAAAACUUCUCAUUGAAACAUGUUGGACCUGGUGUGUUAAGCAUGGCAAAUGCUGGUCCUGACAGCAACGGAAGCCAAUUUUUCAUUUGCACUGUGAAAACCCAGUGGCUGGAUAAUCGCCAUGUUGUAUUUGGACAAGUUAUUGAAGGGAUGGAUGUUGUUCGAACACUUGAAGCCACAGAAACAAGCAGUACAAAUUAUCCUCGCAAGCCAUGCAGAAUUCUCAACUGCGGAGAGCUUCCUCUCGAGGCCUAAUGGCUUUGUUAAGACCAGACAGACAACUACUGCUUGAUUGUGUUUUACAAAGAGCAGAGGUUCAACGAGUAAGUUUUUUGGCGGUAGUACUCUCUGAUAUGGAGAUAUUUGUUUUUGUAUCAAUUAUCAUUUGAAGGCUGUCAGCUUUAGAAAUUCUUGAAUAACUUCACCAGACGGAUGCUUUACUUUUAAAGCUUAUAUAUAUAUAUAUAUAUGGUGAUUCGUGCUUCUUUCA